AUGGGUCCCUCGCUCAGAGGUCAUACCUCAAUGACUUCGAUGGCUGCUCGACCUCAGACUCGCGAUACAAACCGCCCUGCUACCCGAGAGCAGCAGGUUGACAAUGCCAUGGUCCCCAGCCGAACCUCCUCGCUCCAUUCACGAAUCACCCAGCCACUCCCUUCGACUCUAGCAAAGUCGAACAAUCGACCGACGCCAAAGACGUUGACCCAUGCAUACAUGGUCUGUGGUGUGGGAAGAGAACCGUCGCAAUGGGUCAAAGCACCACCUCCCUCCCACGGCAAGAUCCAACAUAUGAAAGGAGCUGUGGGCCAAUUUUGGCUUCCCGAGAUCUUGGGAAGCAGCCCCAGGCUGGAGACGGAUAAUGAAAUUGCAAGAGCUCUGCACAGCGCCAUGAGGGCGUGCUUCCCUCAUGAUGUCGAGAUCUGCACGGGCAGAAGCCAGCCACACUGCGUUCAUCACUCCUUCGUCCUCCAGCAGGACUCCCAACAUACCCUAUACGGCAUUGCCCUGCGAGUUUGGUCAAGAGCCGAUGAGAAACGCGCCGAGACCAUUCGUGACCUUCGCCGCAAGACGGAGUCCGACUACAGAGAUGUCGCAGAUGAGACCUACUGGAUCCCCUAUUGCUUGAGCUUUCUUUCCAGGUAUCCCCUCUACAACCUCCUGGGCGACUACCUGCGAGGCAUGUGGAUUCACUGGAACAAGGCCACGAAUUUGUUCCACGCCGAGGAGGUUUCGAGAAUCCUGAGCUUUCCGGCUCCACGACUGAAUGACCUUGUACGGAUCGAUAUGAAAGAUUACGCCCUCUGCUAUCAAUUCCCAUCCUCCCCCACCGGAUUCCAGAACUUCAAUAUGUGGCCACUCUUCUGUUGCUUGAGCAUUCCCAAUAUUGUCGGCCUCAUUGAGGCGGCUGUCUCGCCUACUCGCCGCAUCAUCCUCACCAGCCACCACCCAGCCAUGCUCACAAUCGCCGCCGAAACCAUCAGAUUCUGUGUUCGAGUAUACGAAUGGAGUGGCUUGUAUGUGCCUGUUGUCCAUGCUCGCAAUGCCAGUGAAAUGGUGCAAGAGCCUGGACCAUACAUCCUAGGUAUUACCACGGAAUGUCGAUCACUCUUUCAGCCACCAAAGGAUGCUCUCCUGGUCGACCUGGAUCGGAAUCUCGUCAUCACUGAUCAUCCACCGAACAUUUUGACCGCUGGCCAACGCACCAAGAUGAUCAACCGUCUCACACAAGCCUUGAACAGCGACGUGGAGAUCAGCGGGGUCCCUCAGCAUCUCAAGUCUGCUUAUGGAGGCGGCAAGCUCAUCCCUGCUGGCCAAAUUAUUGUCUUGCGCGGCGAGGUUGAGAGUGUACAAGAUCCCUCGUGGUGGAACCAAGACGCAGUCAUGGCAGUCAUGGACCACGUCUGCGAAAAGCUCGGUCGCAACACUGGUGUCAAGGCCAUCUUUGGCGGUACCAUGAAGAAACCGCUGAUGACCAAGAUCUCGAUGAGACACAUGAACGAGAUUGUCCGAGAGCGUAACCAAUAUUCGCGAGACGCACUUGAAGCAUGGCAAGACUUCAUCAACCUGAAGGGUCGCAUGGACACAGAGCUUGCCAAGGUUGCAAAGAGGAAUAACUACCUCGAGCAAGAAGUCGAGACAUGGAAGUUGCAAUUCCAGAAAUUCCAGGCCUUCGUCGAGUCUCUCAACAAGGAGCUGGCCGAACUUCGUGUCAAGAUUGAGUCUCACAAGCGCGAGAACCGCAGACUUACCGGCCUCAUCGACCAGCAGAAGGAUGACGCUGCUCGUCUUGCUCUUCGCUUGUCUGGCACUGAGAGACAACGUGAUAACGCACUAGAAGCGUUGGUGCUCCAGCAAGGUAUUGCCGAAGAUCUGGAGAAGGAGCGUGCUCGCAAUCGGAAGGAGAUCGCAGCCCUGCAACAUACCAAUCAAACCCUACAGCGCCAGCGGGAUGAAGCUCAACGGGUCGUUCUCCACCUCCGAUCCCUCAUCACCGGCCAAACCCAUCAUAUGGAACACAUUGUUCGCUCCAUCGGAUCAGCUUCUGAGCUGGCCGAGUACAUCAACGAAGGGUAUGAAGAGGAGGAGGAUGAAGAGGGAGAGGGAGAGCAAGACGAAGAAGAGCAUGAUGGGAUCGCCGAAGAUGGUGACGAACUCAAGGACACCAGACCAGGCAAACGGGUAUCAAGAUCUGGCUCCAUUGACGGCCAAGAUGUCACGCCCCAAAUGGAGAACAAGCUCCUGGCCGCCAACAAGAGAGCCAGCAAACGCUACUCCGAGCUUAGCAUGUCUGAUGUGGCCGAUCGUCAUCUCCGUGACAAGACUGAUGCCAUUGCUGAUAUCAUCCGCAACAUCAGUGAGCAGUGUGCCGCUGCUGUCGAAGGGCUUCAGCUCGCCAACGAAGCCGCUGACGUCGAGGAGGACGAGCAAGCCGAACCGGACGAGGCUAGUGUGUCGGCCUCAACCGGCCAUGCUCGACAAGAUAGCGAAAAUUUGUCUCCUGUCGACCAUAGUGCCAGCGAUUCUCGUGCAGGCACUGGUCACCUGACCCCUCAGAGCGAACGAAGUUCGAUCCCACCAACACCGGACUUGGUACACCAGCGUUCCAGCACUGCAUUGAGCAUGGCAAGCACGGCGCCGACGAACUACACUGCUCGCGAGUCGCUCAACCACAACACCCGAGGUCCCGAUCGCACCAAGAUCGUUGAAGACGAAGACGCCGAGCGUGCCCACGCUAACGUUGCCAGCAGUACUGGCAGUGUGAAGGGAGACUCUGUGUCCGAGGAAAAUGUGAAACCGCCUCCUGGUCGAGGUCCUGUUCUCAGCCGCGUGUUGGAGGCGUGA